CGCACGACAACUUUCCAUUCCAGGGCAGGCAAGCCGCCAUCGGGUGGGCAGCGCAGCCACGGAUGGCUUUGACGCAUGGCUACCGGAAUCCAUUGCCCUUUGCUAUCGAGUCUCCAAUCACCCGCCGUCCGCCUGCCGAUGUCUUGGCCGCUGUUGGCAGUGAUUCACUCCCCGGAUCUCUCCGCCCCAAGAGCAAUGGUUCCUCGCCCAUAACUAGGCCUCUUUGCCUCUGCUCCGAAGGUUGCAGUUGUCUCCUAGUCAAAGUCCGCGGCUGAGCGCCAGUGGCUACAAAGCACGUGGGGUGUUCGAGAUGGGCGCCAGCAGCCAAGACAUCCCUGAUGUCCGUUGGCGCCGUUAAGUGUUUGAGAACAUUGAGUUUCCAGCAGUUCCUUUCUAAUAUCUCCUCCCCCUCCUCCUUGCAUGCCGUGAUGUUUCUUCGUGGAAGACGCCGCAUUUAUGCCGACUUGCUUUCUUCACCCUAGACUGCACACCGUUUCGACCAAGUGCUACUUCUCAUUUCCUGAUUGUUAUCCCGUGCUUGCCUUCUUCAAUUGCGGCAAUGCAUUUUUCAGGUAAGCGCCUCUACUCAUGGUUGGCUUGGGAAAUCAAUGUGCGCUAGACCGUGUACAUUCAUUUCGUCAAGACUCAAGGUGCAUAGUACUGCGACAGUGAAUGAAGAUGGCAAUGUCAAUACUCGUUGGUAUAAAUGCUCCUCCUCGAUCGGUCUUCUGCUAGAACUCGGAAGCUUUGAUCAUCAUAUCACAUAUCCAUUUCCCUGUCACAGGACCAAGGAACACGCCUCCAGCCCAUCAUGAAACUCAUCGAAGUUAUCAUCCUAGCGUUGCCCGUUAUGGCUGCCCCGGCAGAGCCCGUCCACACCCCUAAACCACAUAUCGAGCCAAUGUGGUCCAAGUGCAUCAAGUUUUACCAAGCAGUGCCGAGCGACAGGUGUCAAACUCUUGCCGACAAGAACCAAAUCGAUCUCGCCGAGUUCAUAUCCCUGAAUCGUGGCGUAGGAGGAUUGAGCGGGUGCUUCAGGGGAAACGUCAUGGCAGGCUACUGGUACUGCGUCAAGCCUGACGGUUGGAAGUAA